CUGCAAGUGCCGUGGUUGAGUAUAAGUGCUGAGGCCUUGGUUCAGGAGGCUUCAGUGAGAAGAGGCUGAGCAGGUUGGUGCAGGACAAGAUGGUGCAGAAACUGCUCUUGUGUGCUCUGGCACUGACUCUACACCACAUUAGUGGACAGAACGCAACUGAAAAUGUGAACUGGGAAGGAAUGGAAAUAGCCCGAGCAACACUGGUAGCUCCUAGUUUAGUCGGAUGAUCAAUUAAGAAGAUGCCAGAACUGUACCAGUUCCUCUUGGACCGAUUGGCAUUGUAUCAUAAUCUGAAGUAUGAUUUGCAAUACAACCAGGAACCUAAGCUCCUCUUCCAUAAUGUGAAAGGUGAAGUUGUUAAGAGCUUGCCCGUAAAAGAUAUGACAGCCGAUGAGCUCUCUGCUCUUCUCGAAUCACUGGGGUUCUACAAAAGAUCAGCCAAGGGAGAGGAUGUUCCAGAGAAGUUCCAACACUUCCCAUUGAAGGCACCGCGGGAGGAGCUGUAGAUCAACAGAAGACCUUCUGGUGUCUUCGAGAGUUCAGCACGAAGAUCACUUCCA